UAUUGUUUUGAUGCAAUUCACUGAUUCACUGUAAACCAAGUUUUUAUUUUUACUCAUUAUUUAUUGAAACACAUUAACUUUAAGUUGUAAAACUUGCAUUUUAUCCAUAAUCUUAACAUUUGUAAAAAGAAUUUACCCAGUUGGAUCAUCUAGACCUUAAAAUGUCUGACAGGUUAAAAAGUACACACAAUGUCUCAAAUGAGGAAGUUAUUGAUGAUUUAACCAAAGAUCUAGAGUUCACACUCCGUUCUGGUGAUAAAGGUAACUCUGUUAUUAAUUCCGAAGACUCUGCUAAGGAUUCAAAGUCUUCUCCGGCUGAUACAAAGGAAAACCAUCCAGAUGAUAUACCACUCAGUGAUGAUGAACCGGAUGGGAAUUCCAAAGAUGACAGUGACACAGAGUCUGUGGAUGAGGUGACCCUCAAGGACCUGGAGAUGGAGCUGACAGAUGACCAGAAAGAGGAGCGGAGGAUCAUAGCCGAGGAGCUGAAGACGGCUGGCAACUUGGCCUUCAAAGAUGCUGAUUAUGACAAGUGUAUUGAAAAAUAUACUGAAGCGCUGUCCAUCUGUCCGCUGCAGUUUCCCCAGCAGAGGGCGAUACUGUACUGCAACCGCGGCGCCGCUCGGAUGAAGCUGGAGAAAUACAAGCGAGCUGCCCACGACUGCACCAAAGCUAUAGAACUGGAUGACAAAUACUUGAAAGCUUACUACAGACGAGCACAAUCCUACGAAGCCACAGAUAAACUAGACGAAAGUCUCGCAGACUACAAGAAGAUGCUGGAACUGGAUCCAACACAUAAAGAAGCAUCAAAUGCAGUUAUCCGUCUACCACCAUUGAUCGAAGAAAGAAACGAAAAACUCAAAACAGAGAUGCUUGGGAAACUCAAAGACCUUGGCAACAUGAUACUGAAACCUUUCGGCUUGUCUACAGAGAACUUCCAGCUGCAGCAAGAUGGUGAAUCUAAGGGAUAUACGAUUAAUUUUAAACAAUAGCAUUUGUAUUGGAAAGAAGCAGGCGUUACUUUGCGGAAGUUCAUCAUGAUUAUAUAAUGAUUUAUUUAUUUUGCUAUCAUCCGCGAAAAGCAUUUUUCGCGGAUGAUAGCAAAAUAAAUAAAUCAUUAUAUAAUAGCAUUUGUGAUGGUUUUUUUAAGAGCACUGGUCUUGUACAAGUCAAUAGUAAGAAUGAACAGAAGUUAAACCAAUUAAUCAUAAUUUAUUGUGUAGAAAAGGCUACUUUUAGUUUCUUUUAUCUGGAACUGACUAUACAUAUUUAUAUAGACAUGGAUUAAGAUUUGAACCUUGAAAUUAAAGAGAAUUUUGAAAGUAAAGAUUUAAAUUCUUUAAAGUAAAGAGAAUUUUAAAUAGCAGUGAUUAUACUAAAGUGAUUAUACAUACAAUCCGCAUUGGGCCAGCGUGGUGGACUAUUGGCCUAACCCCUCUCAUUCUGAGAGGAGACUCGUGCUCAGCAGUGAGCCGAAUGUGGGUAAUAAAUUAAAAACGAGAAUAACAAUCGCUAGUCAUUUCACAACAAUUAUAAUUAACUUGUUCUCAAAUGUAUGAAUAUAAAUUUGAUUAAUAAGCAUAUGCUUUUAUAUAAUUAAUAACAUUUGAUAAAAAAAAAUUAUGAAAUGACAUACAUUUUCAACCUUCAAAUUGUUUAUUUUUUGUUGGUAAACAGUACAUCGACAAUGGCUUUUUUUAUUUAUUCUUUACAAGUUAGCCCUUGACUACAAUCUCACCUGAUGGUAAGUGACGAUGCAAUCUAAGUUGGAAGCGGGCUAUCAUGUUGGAGGAGGAUGAAAAUCCACACACCUUUUGGUUUCUACACGACAUCGUACCGAAUCGCUUGGCGGUACGUCUUUGUCGGCAGGGUGGUAACUAGCCACGAUCGAAGCCUCCCACCAGCCAGACCUGGACCAAUUAAGAAAAUCUCAAUCAGCCCAGCCGGGGAUCGAACCCAGGACCUCCGUCUUGUAAAUCCACCGCGCAUACCACUGCGCCAUAGGCCGUCAAAUGUAUGAAAACUACAGGAAAUAUGCCGGGAGCCCUUAAUAUAAAUAAUCUAUUGAUUGAAGAACAGACCGCAAAGCUCAAUCCUGAUAAACUUAAUGCUAAUGUGCAGUUUAAUAGUAAGAAGUUUUAGUUACUCAGUAGAUGGCAAAUGGGGAUGAUGACUAGGUUUGAAUAUAUCGAUUUUUAUGAUACAUUUCGGUAAAUAAGGUCAAUGUUAACUAAUUUAUACAUUACAAGAAAAGAUUGUCUGGAUAUUUGCAAAAUAAAUGAAAUUAUAAAAUUUAUCUAUUAAAAAUCUUUUAUCGUAAUUAAAUGAAAAUUCAUACAGUUUUAGCUUCCUUACAUUAAAUGUGAUAUUUUUUAAUAUUUUAACUAUAAACAUAAACGCACAAAUAACAAAGAUAUUAGUAAUUUUGUUAGAACGCACAUACAAAUUUAACGAUCAUUACAUUACCUACGACGUCAUAAGUUCGUACCAUUUUGUAUGUAUCAUUUUGUAUGGAGCGUUUUUCAGGGAUCCGCGGCAGCGCCACAAAUCUGACCCUUUAAAUCCCUGUAGCUCCGAAAGCAAUGAUCGCAGAUACCCUGUUACUUUUACAAAAUUGCUUUACUGUUAGCAUACUCUUAAUUUAUAUACAACUAGCUGACGCUGCGCGGUUUCACCCGCGUGAUUCCCGUUCCUGUAGGAAUACAGGGAUAAUAUAUAGCCUAUAGCCUUCCUCGAUAAAUGGGCUAUCUAACACUGAAAGAAUUUUUCAAAUCAGUAGUUCCAGAGAUUAGCGCGUUCAAACAAACAAACAAACAAAC